CAACAGCAUCGGAGCACUCCCGUCAUGACAUCUUGCGUCAAGUGCAGGUCUCGGAAGGUCAGAUGCGACAGGGCCAGGCCGUCGUGUGGAUGGUGUGUACGGAACAGCCAAAAGUGUGUGUACGCUGGCAAACGCAAGCCGGGGCCUCGCAGGGGGAAUGCACGGCACCUACAGAACAAGAUAGAGCAGCUGGAAAAGUCACUCAAUUCUCUGAGCAGCCAACUCCAAGAGCAUCUAGCUCCCCCAGGCCGCUGCGAGAGUCACCCAUUGCGUCAAGAACAGCUCCCUUCUUCCGACGGCCACACUCAGCGAUCGCCCAGCAAUAGGGGAACCUCUGUUCAGGCAGUUGAGGUAGUGGAGGCAGAUAAUACUCCGAGUAGUCGAGAACAGAUCCAUGACUACGACAGCUUCUUGGAAAAUGCUGGGCUACCACCAUAUCACCACCUCGCCGCUCUCGCCGACCUAUACUUUGAAUACGUGAAUGCCUGGCUACCCCUGCUGGAACAGGGGUCAAUCCUUGGGUUUCUUCGGAAUCCUGUCGAGCUCGACGAGCCUGACCAAGUCCUACUGCACGCCCUCGUUGUAAGUGGUUCGCGAUAUUGGAAGGAUCCGAAAGCAAUACGACCACAGUACUAUGAGUCCUCUAAGCAGCGAAUUUGUCUAUAUGUUCUGGAGCACUCAGAUAUUAGAGGUCUGCAGGCGCUCGCUAUCCUGGCCGUAGAAGUCCUAGGAGACGCUCACACUGUUGAGGGUAUGAAUCUCCUCGCUCUCCUCGCGCAAAACAUCUUGCAUCUCGGUCUGACUGUCGAGCGCCGCUUCGACUUGGGUCUCUCCAUAGAUGCACCCGCCGGGUUGACCGAGCGCUCCAUGCUCUCCCAUCGGACGUGUUGGCUGCAAGAAGAAGAGAUACGCAGGCUGUUCUGGGCUGUGUACUCGAUCGACAGAUACACAAACACGUGCACAUCUUCUAACUUCAUCAUAGACGAACGCGACGUGGACAGGCCGCUGCCUUGCCGUUACGCCUUGUGGGUAGCUAGAGAACGGGUUGAGACCAGGUGGUACCGCACGGAUAAGCCGUUCGAGGUGACAGCAGAUACUCCGGAGAACAUGGGGAGCUUUUCCUAUACCUGCGAGGUCUCAAGGAUCAUGACUCGCAUCCAUGAGUUCGUCAAGCAACCCUUCGACUUCUAUUCGUCGUCGGAAAUCGACCGGUGGAAGGCCUCGUACGCAGAGCUGGACCGUCAGCUCUCCUCGUGGCUGAAUAGCCUUCCAGGCGAGUACGCUCAGAUAUCAGAGUCGUGCCACUCAUCCACGCGGAGCAGAGUUUCCAACUGGAUCACGCUACAGUCCGGCUUCAUCCUGGCUGCCAUUCGCCUGCACUCAGUUGCGGCAUAUCCGCCCACUCCCUCCGAGCUGUUCAAGGCCUCGUACAUCGCUAUGCAGAAAUGCCUGACAUGCGCCACGAGCAUGAUGAGGACAGCUCAGGACGUUGUGUCCGCUGGUAUGCUUCCGUUGCUCGGGCCGCUCUUUGCUGGUGCUCUCUGGGUCACGGCCAGACUACUCCUCGUCCACGCCUCCGUGCCAGAGCACGACCUCGAUCCGAGCAUCCACUUCUUCAUCUCCACUCUGGAUAAGCUAGGAGAAUAUUGGCCGAUGGCGAAGGUCUUCUCAGACAGGCUUGUAUGCAUGCUGCCGCACACGGACGGCAAUUCCAGGACACUCGAGGAUCUCCGCAGGAUUGCAUUCAGACUGCAUAUCGUCGAGGCUGAGAAGCGAUACACCUUUUCGCAGCGCUGCAUUGCCAUGACGCUUCCAACCAACGAGAUCCAAGCAUUUGGGGUCUUUGAUUCAUUCAACUACCCGCGGCCAUCGAAUAGCUCCUACAACAUCUCGAACUCUGGCGAGGUGACCCCCAGCAGGACAUGUCCCGAUGUUAGAUUCACACAACCUGAGCCCAGCUCAGACUGGCUGGACGGGAAAUGAGGGGCCAAUUACACAAAAACGAUGCGAUACGGAUGCCGUGAACUCAGGUAUACAUAAAUCCUACUUUAGCCUACUUAAUUGAUCAAUCUUUUGUACUCGAACUAUAGAAGGGAAGCCUGACGCAAGAUUAUUUUUGCAUAAUGGGCGCGAGCACAGUUUCACUUUAGCCUGCCCCUAUUCCAAAUAUAUAGAUAUAUAUAUCUAUACAUUAAGUCAGUCUUCAAUUACACAUGAAUCCCGGG